AUGUAUUUCUCAAAGCCAACCACAACCCUAUACAACUCUCUCCUCACCAUCCUCUCAAUAACGCCCAUCCUUGCUGCUCCUGCCUCGACACCAACUCAACUAGAUGCCACAACGCUCCAGCAAAUCGACACCUUCGCCCGCUACUCAUCCGCAGCAUACUGCAGAAACGUAAUAGAUUCCACCGUCAACAGCACAGUAUGCAGCAACCAGCCCCUCAGUUCCUGCGGACUCCUUGCCGACGCCACUACCGUCGCUGAAUUCAACGGCGACCGCACCAUCUCCGGUUAUAUAGCAGUGAGCAAGAGCCAGAAACUCAUUGUCGUGAGCUUCCGUGGCACAGGCCCCGACAGCUUCAGAGAUGUCAUGAAUGAUAUCAAGUUUUGUUUGAAGGAUCCAAGGUCGUUACUUACUGGGUUGAAGAAUACUGUGAAGGCUAUCUGUGGAGUGUUGCCCAAUACACCCGCCGAAGAGAAUGACAAAGUUCUGCCCCUCUGCGAUAACUGUACUGUCCACACGGGCUUCUGGGCCGCCUUUCGUGGCAUAAAGGACGAGACGAUGAGAGUCGUAAAUCAACAGCGCCAACAAAAUCCCGGAUUUGCAGUCGUUACAACAGGUCACUCACUCGGUGGAGCCGUCGCCACAAUUACCGGUGCAUAUAUCCGCAAGAGCGGUAUUAAUACCGAUAUAUACACAUAUGGUUCCCCACGUGUAGGAGACGCAGCCUUCGCAGACUUCGUUUCUACCCAACCCAACGGCAAGACGUUUCGCAUAACCAACGGUGCAGACCCUGUCACCGUGAUUCCUGGGAUAGUUGCAGGAUAUGCACAUACCACGCCGGAAUUUUGGUUUCCUAAUGGGGUUGAGCAGCCGGAUAAUAUGCAGAUCUGCGAGGGCGUGCUCAAUGUCUCUUGCAGCGCCCAAUUUCUAGUCAACCCGUUAAAGUUAGGGGACCAUUCAAGCUCCAAGUAUACAAAGGGCUUUGAUGCUUGUCGUGAGCGGAAAGGAAGGGCUAUCGAUCCUGAGAAGCCGGAUAUUAUUACUGCGGAGGAUAUUGACCAGUGGAAGAGGCAAGGGCUAGUGGAUAAUAGCACCACGCCUAUUACUGAGGGUUGA